AUGCCUGUGCGCCCGCCGUACGCGCACUGGGGGGAAUGCGUCUGCCCCUGCGCGCUGAUUGGUCCGCGCCUUGGCUCCUGGAUCUCCUUCCCUCCCGACUAUCUGCUGCUGCUCUCUCUGACUCCUCCACGCUCCCCGACGACGCAGCCAACUUGUCGCAUAGACCCCGAGAAAAAGAAGAGUGAGUGCAUGUGCUGUGCGUCAAGGCCUGGGGCUGCUGCAGGGUCAGUGCAGGGACAUGACCAGCAGAGGGCGUCAGACUGCUGUCAGUGUCAGGGUGUCACUCAGCAUCCAAAGGGUGUGCCUCUGUCCAAAGCUCCAUGA